CUUAGUCCUGAAAGCUCUCACUCAAAAUUAAUUUAUGUCAAAAAAUAACGACCGUCGCGUAAUCUUCCAUAAUACCGUCCCAAAAAUUUUAUCAUUUAACUAAACGUUUCAAAUGCACACGUUUAAAUGGAUUGAUAAACUGUACGAUGAAUGUUGUACUGAUAAAACGAGUUAUGUUCUUAAUAUAAUAUAAUUGAUUGUAUUGAAUAAUCUUAUGAUGUUAAACCGAUAAUAAUUAUAGUUUAUGUUAUAUUAAAUUAUUAAUAUGCGUGAUUUUUUUUUGAUUUUUUUAGAUUUUAUGUGGCCAUUGGGGACCUUGCCUGACGGUUUUCCGGCGGCUGCAUACGCGGCUUACGCCUCUAGCCGAGGUUUUUCGGGUUACCCUAGUUUCGGACUCUCGUAUCCAGCAGGGGUCGCUAUUAUCGGGACCAGGCCUCGGUGCGGUAUUACUCCAACCCAAUGCCAUAACGUGAUGAGCAAUUACCACCAUCAGGCAGCCGCGGUCGCCGCACAAGGUUUCGGGCCACCAGCGUCGCCGCACACCGGCGGCCCCGGCAACCCGCGGGCCGCCGCGUUUCCGCCGGCUACGUCGCCCGGCCCCGGCGCCCCGUCCACCAUGGACAUGUACAGCUCGAACCCGGCCGAUUACGUGCAAGCAGCGUCACCGCAACCGUCCGCGUUCCCCGCGAUCGCCGUCUCACGUGCGCCCAUUAAUUACAAUCCUGUAGGGGCCUUUGAUUCCGGCCGCUUUUACCAAUGGGUACCACUGAACAACGCUAGAGUCAAUAAAUUUCUUCCAUCGUAAGGUUGACCGAUAUUAGUCGCCCCUAUACGUGUGAUUGACUCAAUAACUCACUACUAUCACCAGAGAUAUAUAUAUAAACGUCUCACUCACUCUCACUUACACCAAAGGUUUUCUUUCUCAAUAAUGCUAUUAAUAAUAAUCGUUUCUAUAUUAUAUAAUAAUUAUAAUGAUUAAAAAUUUGAAA